UGGAAGCAACCUGUUGAUGAUGAGUGUGCUGCUAUGGAGCUAUAGAGAUGCAGAAUGUCACCUCAUGUUUGUAUACACACCAUUGGGACUAGCUGUAGACUAAUGAUGAAUGAUGUCAUGUUUCCGGGAUCACUGCCUGUGUGAUGUGUCCUUCCUGCAGUCUUUGGAGAUGGCAUCUGCUGCCCAGGGAGAGCUGAAGUCUUUUCGUGCCAAGGAAAGUGCGGAGCGGUGCAGGCUCAGAGAUGUUCUGUGUGACCAGCUCAGCAGAGAUCUGCUCAGGCUUCUAAAUGAAGAAAUCCACACAGAUCUCAAUCUCCAUGUUGGGCAGACAACAUUUAAAGCACACAAGGCUGUUCUCCAGGCAAGAACUCCAAAAUUCUUUACGUUUGUUACAAGAAAGGCCACUGAAGACACUAUUGUCCUGCAGCAUGUGGAACCAACCGAAAUGAAAGGCUUUUUAAAGCUUGUGUACAGCUCCCUCUGGAGUGUGAAAGAGACAGAAGACCAUUUUCUUGAGCUCAUAAAGGACCAGUCUAUUUCAGAUCAGGAUCACAAUGAUGAAUGUGUUAACCUGCAGAGCAGUUUACCUUCGGCUGAAGACGCAGAUUUUCCCAUCAAUAAAUCUCCAGACCACAAUACACACUCUGAAGAUGCACACUCUGAAGAAAACCACAACUGUGAAGAUGAAUAUAACAGUGAACCACCAUCAAAUCUUGGCAAGGACUUGCUGUCUUUGUUUAAAAGUUCUCAUUACACUGAUGUCAUAAUCCAAAUAGAAGGCAAAUGUUUCAAUGCACACAGGGCUAUCCUGUGUGCUAGGUCCAGUUAUUUUGCUGCUAUGCUGAGUGGAAGUUGGGUUGAAACCUCACAAGACCUCAUCCAGAUUCAUAAUGUGAAACAAGCAGAUAUGACCAUCAUCAUGCAUUUCAUAUAUGGAGGAAUAAUGGAUCUUCCUAAAACCACUGAUCCUGGUCAGAUUCUCUCGAUCGCUGACAUGUAUGGAAUGGAAGGGUUGAAAGAAGUUGCUGUGUAUGUUUUGAAGAGAGACUACUGCAGAUUCUUUAUUAAGCCUGUUGGAAUGCAGCAGUCCGUAUUAGAAUGUCUCGCUAUUUCUUAUUCUGUAGGAGAAGAGCCAUUGUAUACCUCAUGUUUGAGGUGGAUGGAGAAGUAUUUUGUGAAAUGUUGGUCUGAAAGAAGUUUUGCCAGUUUACCUGUAGAUCUGCAGAACAGCUGCCUUUCUGCUUUAGUUCAGUCACUUUCCUACAGGAAUGCUGCAUUUCUAUUGAUGGAAAGUGACCGGCUGCUUAGCAGUCUUCCUGAGGUGAAGUGGACAGAAAGAGCGCGGAAUUUAGCAUCUGAUCUUCAGGAUGAAUGUGUGAGAUUUAUUGUGACAAACUUCUCCCAAGCCAUUAGAAGUGAAAGUUUUGCCCAUUUGUUACAGGCCCAGGGGAUGAGCAGCCAACCAUAUCUCUUAGAACAUAUUUUUAAUGAAAUAGAAAAAAGCAUUUCAUUUGAAAACUGCUCUUCUCUCUAUAUGGCUCUGGAAGAGUUAUUAAGGUUGGCAAUGGAAAAUGAAAUGGUUUUUACGUGCAAGAUCCAAGCUCUGCGUGAUAAGCUGUGGAGCUUCCUGGUCCAGUCUUUUUAUGCUGUACGGCACACGGAGGGCUGGAAAUUGAUGAGGCCGGGUGAUCAGGACAAAAUACAAGCAGCUGCCUUUGAUAAAGGGGAUGAUCGAAGACUUGCAAAGAAGCCCACAUUUACUAGUUCCCAGCAAACUCGACCUAAAAUUGUGAAGUCAAAAGACGAACGUUCAGAGGAAAGCAAGAGAUAUUCGGACAGUUAUUUCCUUGAUCGGAGGAAGAUGAAAUCUGAUUCAUUGGGUGCUUCUGGACAUACAACAAAUUUACCUAGAAGUUCCUCAGGAAAGGGAAAAGAGGAUGACGUAAAGGGAAAAGAUGUCAAGAAAGUGACCAGCAAAUUAUCUAAAGACCCAAAACCGACAGAAAAGACAACUACAACGAGACCAAAACUCAUUGUGAAGACCAAAUUGGAAAACAAUGACAAUGCAAAGACUGAAGGUUGUGCUUCCAAAGGUGAUUCUGCAAGUAAUCCAAAGCCAGCAUCUGGAAGAGCAGGUGCUAGGCCUAAAGCAACAAAUGGAAGUGUUAAUUCAACACCUAAAGUGAAGUCACUGAAGAAAACUGGCAAAGAUCCUGCUUCUCCCGUGACAGGUACAGUGGCAAGCAUUAAAUCUGCAAACCUCAAUGGCGAACUUUCCAACUCUGCUUCAUCUCCAGGAGAACAUAAUACAAAUCGGCCAGCUAAUGAACAUCGAAAUUCUACAACAGGCUCACCACAGUUUAAUAAGAUGUUGAAAACAAAUCCAGAUUGUGCCAAAGAGAUGGCUGCAGGAGCAAAACCAAAACCUGCAGCAAAGAUUUCCAAUGGAGUAUGCGCAAAAAAAAAGGUCAAUGAAGCUGAAUGUCGAGAACCAAGCAGCACAUCAACAAAAAAAAUACCCACUGAUGGAGGAAAUGAUUCUGGGCUUCAGAAAAGAAAAGUAAUCAAAAUGGGAACUGCUGUUCAACAAAGGCCAAAGAGUGCCCCAGCUGCACUUACUAAAAAACAAGGUAUAUCUGGGGAAGCUUCAGAACUCCCUAAAUCUAUUUCUUCCAAACAAACUGAUGUCAAAAUGGAAACCAAGUUAGUGAACUCUUCUAUUACUGGGGACAAGCAUGCAUCUGUGAAUAAAAAGUCUACAAAACCAUCAGUCACACCAGCAAAUAAAACACAUGCAACGGUGCCAAGUAAUAAACACAGUUUAAACAGCAGUAAAUCUUCUAUAUCGAAUCAUAAAGAAUCCAAACCUAUGGCUCAAAGUAGUUCCAAGAAUUUAAGCCUAAACCACAAGUCAUAUCAAAAGAGUUCUCCCUCAGCAGUGAAAAAAUGCCACAACCUAGCUGCAAAUAAUGCAGAGAGCCCAGUGUCUGUAGCGGAUGAAGCCAAGCAAUCAGCUUCUUAUCAAUUUGUAGGAAGAGCAGAAAACAUUGUACAGCACUGCUCUGAAGGCCAGCCAUUCACUGCUCAGGAGUCUUGUCAGGAAAAUUCAAUAAGCAAUCAAGACUCUAUGAUACAGAAGCUUAAUUUAGAGCAUUGCCAAUGCCAAGAAAAUCUUCCAGCAACAUCUGUUCUUCAUUAUGCAUCUAAUUCAAGUGAAGGUUUGUCAGGAGCAACAAAUCAAACCAAAACAGCAAAUGUUGACAUUGCCGGGUCAGGCGAAGUGUACAUUAUAAGUACUGCAGGCGAGAGAAAACCAGACUGCAAAAAUAUCUGCAAUUCAGAGAAUUCCAAAUGUGCCGACAGUUCAAGCGAAAGCGAGUUGUGUUCUGUGAAAGAAGUUGAAAGAAUUCCAAAACAAAAAGAGGGGGAAGACAUGACCUUAUCCCAGUUUUCUCCGAACACUAGCAAGGUUACAUCUAGUUAUAAUGCUGCUGAAUCCCAUUCACUGGGUAAUUUUACCAGCUGUCAGCCUGUGCUAAAUACUAAUGGACAUUUUAUGAACUGCUCGUCAGAAAGGCAGUUAUCUGAUUAUCAAACAGAGAUGAAUAAUACAGAAGCAGCUGAUCAUGAGAACUUUGAAUUUAUAGGCCAGUGGAAUAAACACUCAGGUAUGCUACAUGAGCGUGAAAGCCCCGAAUCUGAGAGUGGCAGUGCUAGUACAUCAUCUGAUGACAUCAAGCCAAGGUCUGAAGAUUAUGAUGCAGGUGGCUCUCAGGAUGAUGAUGGUUCAAAUGAAAGAGGCAUCUCUAAGUGCAGCACGAUGCGGUGCCAUGAUUUUCUGGGUAGAAGCAGCAGUGACACAAGUACCCCUGAAGAACUGAAGGGUUAUGAUGGCAGCUUAAGAGUUGAUGUAAAACUGAAGAAAGACAACACUGAGUUAUUCCGAGUCAAUUCCACUAGUGAUGAUGAAGGACCUCAAAAAAGAAUGGAGCCAUGGCUGCAAAGGGAUGUGCACAAACAUAGUUCACAUCACACAACAGUUUGCAGCAGUGUGCAGUUUUCUCAGGAAAUUGAGCACCUGUCUUCAUCAGCUGAUGAAACUGAAGAUGAGCGGUCAGAGACUGAAAGCGCUGGGCUCAAAGUUCCAGAAGAAGUUGCCACUCAGCCCUUUCAGGGCAUUGUUAAUUUAGCUUUCGAUGAUAUUGCUGAAAUGGAGGGGGACGGUAAGCAAACUACUGGAGAUACAUGUUUUAAGAGAUCUGUCCUGCUGUCUGUGGAUGAGUGUGAAGAACUGGGAUCAGAUGAAGGAGAUGCUCAUUUGUCACAAAUUCGAAAAGCUGCAUCACUAACUCCAUCUGACGUGUUUGAGAGAAACGGUACUGAGAGUUGCUCUGGGAAUUCCCAUAAUCAUGACCCAAGUCCCAUGAAGGGCAAAGCAGAGUGUGCUUCUAUGACUGGCAACCAACCAACAUUUGAAAAAAAGUCCAUGGCUGAUGAGGACUUUGAAGCCUCUGAUCCACGUAAAGGCUACUACAAAACCACAGAAUGUGAAAUGAAGUCUCAGACAAGACCAUGCCAUUUGGAUCUGUAUACUGAAUUACCUUCUGAUACACAAAGGUUUUGCUGUACUAAAACUGGUAAUGCAUGUAAGAGUCAGUUUCUUGACUACCAAGGCAGAGACAACCAUGUUCCAUCUACUGAAAGCGCCAACACUGCUUUGUCUGCAGGACACAUAGAUGAUAAUGACUCAUUGGCCCAAACCUGCAUGUAUGACCAUCGUCCUCCAAAGUCCCUUUCUCCUAUAUAUGAGAUGGAUCCUGGCGAAGGAAUUGAGCAGAGACUGAAGACCGAAGCUAGAAUGAUGGAUAUUGAAAUUGAAGAUCAGCAGUUUGUAGAAAGGGACUGGACACUGCUAAGACAGCUGCUAGCUGAUCAUGGAUCAGAUGUUGAUAUCAUAAACUCCGUCCCUGAGGAUCUCAGCCUAGCACAGUAUCUAAUCAAUCAAACAUUGCUCUUAGCUAAAGAUAAUUCUAAUUCUAAAUCUCAGGGCAAAGCAUGGGGGGAUUUGUCAUCUCCGUUCGAGGAUUCUACAAGCAUCACAAUGACUAGUUACUCUCCUGACGAGUGUUCAUCCCCCCAUGGAGAAUGGACUAUCCUUGAAUUAGAAACCCAUCACUAGGUUCCAUUGUUUUCACUGUUUUUGAUCCAACAAUCUUUCCAGGGUUUGUUACAGAGAACAGCUGAAUGUUGCUAAACAGUCUAAUUUAUAUGAAGCUGUUUAUAGGUAACAUAGUCAUUUCAAUAAGACCUACAGCUGUGCACUAAAUUUUCCAUACAGCUUGUUCUGGCUUAUGCUUUUCUCUAUAAUAUAAAAAAAUAUAUACACACACAAAUUCUUUUACUAGAGGGUAUAUAAUCUAUAUAUAAUUUUAAAAAAACCUCAAAAGCCACAUAUAAACUCCGAUUUCCAGCAAACAGACUGGUUUGUUUUCUUCCAACUGACACAGUUCAGUUUUUUUCCAGAUUAUAAUAGUUGGGUUAAAAACGGUUUGUGCCAAGGGCACAUUUUUUUUUUUUUUACAUGCCAAUUUUAUAUUCCAUUAAUUGGGCGAGCAAGACUUGGGCAUGCCAUUUGUGUGUGGUACCUGAUAAUAAGACUGUCUUGAGAAGAUUCUAAUUAUUAUGAAUGCUGUGUAUUAGAAAUUUUUAUGGUUGGUCUUGCUUCUCAGAGCCUCUUGAGAGGUCAAAAUGUAAAUAAAA